GUAAUAGUUCCUGAAUUAUUUCUUUCAAUGAUGCCCUCUUGUUCCUGAAUCUUGCUCAGUCCCACUAAAGUUUAAUCUGAUGGUGCCAUUUAGCAGAAACUAAUACAUGAAUCGAAAGAAUCUGAUGGAAGACAAGCAAUUAGACUUUAAUCGGCCUCUUUUAUCAGUGAGGCGAGUUUCAUCAACAGCAGUCUCUUCACAAGUUGACAACAAAAAGAAAACUGAUAAGUCAGUACCCAGUACACCUCCACUUCUAUUUUACAGAUCAGAGCUGAAAUCAGGUCCAGUGAGCAACCCCGGAACUGUUCCUUUCGUGUGGGAGCAAGCCCCAGGAAGACCUAAGGAUGAAAGCAAAGCAAAAACUCGGGCUCUUCAACAGCCUCACACCCCAAAACUUCCACCUGGGAGGUUUCCAAAUGUUAAACAAAAAACUUUCGAUAAAUUUUCUGAAAGUACGGCAGUUACUGAGUCCAAAACAGAAAAUGUCAUUCCCAGGUCUCAAAAUGUUUUGUCUUUGGAUGAAACUGUGACUAAACACGAGAGCACAGAAGAGAAGGUGGAGCUAGAGGAGUUUUCUAGUUCAGAGGAUGGUGAUGAGAAAUAUUUAGACGCACUUGAUACAAUUUCCAGGACUGAAUCAUUUUGUAUGAACUGCAGCGUAAGUGGUUUGAGCGGCUUGGAUGUUCUGGAUGUUAAACCAUCUGGAUCCUUCUCAACGGAUCCACAAGCUCGGGAUUUCAUGAUGGGUCGUUUCUUGCCUGCAGCAAAGGCAAUGGCUUCUGAAACACCUCCACAUGUUAGUUGGAAGCAACCUGUUCAACGGGAGCAACUAAGACAAGUGGAGAAGGUAGUAAGUGGGGAUAAGCGUAGUCCGUGUAAUCAUUAUGGACAGAAUUUCGUUCCCCAAUAUGCUCAUAAUAAUGAUGGGGAAGAAAGUGAAAAUGAAGCAGAUGAUUAUGAUGGAUCUGAAAUUUCAUCAGCUAAAGUUUGUGGGUUACUUCCUAGAUUUUGUUUAAGAAAUUCUUUUUGCCUUUUGGAUCCUGUACCUGGGAUGAGGAUGCAGUCAAGCGGCAAGGUCUCUUCAGUCCGCAGAGUGAGGGCUAAAUCUUCAUAUUCAGUUUCUCGCAGUGAACCUGAAAAAGAGCGUGCUGGGGCUGCUGUACAUGAGCAAAGAUCAUUAAAUGGACACCAAAAAGCUGAGCCGCAUGUAGAUAGGAAUGAACAAAAGAGUGAAUCUAACCAAAUCACUUACAAAAGUGAUUGUGAGAAACCAGAUCAAUCACCUUUGCACAGGCGUUUGCAGGGCAAUGGCAAAUCACCCUGCCAGAAUAAAAAUUCCCAAUCUCUCCAUGAAGAGAGAGGUUUUCUUGGUAUGCCCGAAAAAGUUAAGAAUUCCAAGGUGAAUGGCUCCAAUCCAAAUAGGAAAGGCCCCUACCAAUUCCGAGAAUUAUUGGCCAUUGAGAGCAAUGAUUGGGAAUCAGGCUCAGAGAGUCCUGUGGUUGAGAAAACUCUCUACAUUGAUUCAGUACAUACAGUAGACUCUCGAAAAUCAAAUGCAAGUUCUUCAGAUAGGAAAAGCUUAACUGAUUACAGAGAGGAUAAUCUCGGGAUUCUUGCAAAAAGCAGUGAAAUGGAAAAAACUCCUGCAGUAGAUUCUCCACUUGAAGAUUUCGAGCACUUGAGUGUUGUGGAUGAGGCAAAAGUGCAAACUAAAAGUUCAUCCGUCGAAGCCUGUUUCCUCUCUUUUUUAGACAGAUCCAAAGAUGACAUGCAAGUGCAAUUGAUAAAUUUUUCCAAACAGGACCAGGACCUUAUUCGUGAUUCACUAUCAUUGACAAGCUCAAAAGCAGCUGAUACGAAGAAAAUUAAUCAAGAGAGCAAACAGUCCUUGAAAUCAGGUAGUAGAGAAGGAGGUAUUACAUUGACAAGCUUAAAAGUGGCUGAUAAUGAUAACAUUGGUUUAGAAAGCCAAGGGCCUAAGAAAAGGGGUACUCGACAAAGUUCUCAAGGCCUCCAAAUUCAGGAUUCUGUCACAUUGGCAAGCUCAAAGGUGAGUGACAAUGAGAAGAUUAAUUUAGAAAGCCAGCUGGCUAUAAAAGGUUAUGGCAACUAUCCUCAGCUUCAUAUUGGCCCACCCUUACCAAAAUCUCCGUCUGAGUCUUGGCUAAAGCGUACUCUGCCGACCAUUUCCUCCAGGAAUUUAUCUUCAAGGUCUUCUCUUGCUAUGCGCAUCCAUUCUAGCAACCAAGGUUCGAAGACAACCUCUCUUGAUUCGAAGUGGGAAACAAUUGUUAAAACUUCCAAUGUCCAUCUUGGGCAUUUGCGAUUUUCUGAGGAACUAACACCUAUACCGGAAACUUAGAAGUUUGGCAGCUUUAUAAGAAGUCCACCCACCCUUGCACUAGGCUGGAAUUUGCAUUUCGUUGAUGUUAUUGAAGGUGAUCAAUGUUAUUUCUUCCAUGUUUAAAUUUUUACUUUACACAAGGAGUUCCCUUUUUGGUUCCUAUACUCAGAAGGCAGUAUAUAAUGAAAGCUGUAAAUUGCAUCUCGGUUUCAUUCUGUAAUAAGAAAUUUUAACUAGUUAUUUUUCUUGUAAAUCUCAUCCUCAAUUUGUUGGUUCAAACAAAAGUUAGUUUGUUCCUGUAUGAAGGUUUUUUUUUUUUUUUUUUUUUU